AUGACACCUGUUAGAUCUGAUGAAAACGUUGAACCGGAAAGCCUUGACACUAAAACAACACCCUCAACAUCUUUUGUUUUACCUCAUGAUAAUAUUAUUACUACUUUUGAAGAUGUUCAAAAAAAUUCUGGUUCAGAUACCAUCAGGUUAACCACCGCCAUCGCUACUACCAAUUAUUUAUCGCAAAAAACCCCUGCAGGAAUUAGCAAACAUAAAAAAUCUUUUAAACCAACAAUACCCAAACCAUUUAAAUUUUGUACCGCUGCACGUCCAAAUUCAAAAUGUCAUGAUGAAACUCAAAAAAGGUCGCCAUUUGUUCCAUUAGCAGUUAAAGUUAAAGACUUUUUGAAAAAGGAUGAAAGAUCAACAUUUGACAGCGAUAAAAAGAUUAAUCGUGGACAAAAGAAACCACCUACAAUUCCAAGAUCUCCAAAAUUACAUAAAUCAAAAGCAUCAAAUACUUUAUCCACCGAAGAACAACAAAUGCAAAAGGUUAAAAAUAAUCAAUUCAAAGCCAAAAGUUUUAAUCAAAAGAUUUUUGAAUGUAGUGAUUUAGGUUUACCAAAAUUACAAAAGAUUGAACCUACUGUACCAGAGUCUCCAGCUAUCACCAAACCAAACUCUCAAUCAGUUGAUGAUAGCGACAGUAUUAUUUUUCUUGAUGAUAUUAAUAAUAAUAAUCUACAAGAAAAUUUGGAUCAAAACCAUGAUGAAUUGGGAAAUACUCAUUUAUUCAAAGCACAGCCGGCUCCAAGCGACACACCAGAUUUGCCACCUCAACUUCAUUAUUCAGCAACACAUCCUAAACCAUUUACUUUAGAGACUGAUCUUCGAGGAGAAAG